GAACGAUGCCAGCUUUCUGUCAAAUGUGAAGUAUAAUUUCCAGGUUGACUCCUUCAAAUUAAAUGACACAUUCUAUAUACUUGUGACGUGAUGAAUACCAUUAAUGUAUUAUUCAUUGAAUCAUGAGUCAAUCUGAGCUACAGGAGGUGAGGUGAAGAAAGGAGAGAGGGAGAGAGAUUGAGGAAUAACCGUGUUAAGAAACUGUACAAUGUAGGGAGUGGCUUGAGACCAUUACAUUAAAGUACAAAUAUCAUUCAUACAGACUGUAGCUUUGUGAAAUCCUUGUAAAAAGAAUAAGUGGAUAUUUAAGUGGAUUUUGGUCAAAAAAUGAAUUGAAAAUUUAAAGGAGAAUGAAACCGUUGGAAUAAAAACAUAAUAAUUUAAAGGAUUAAACGAAGAUCAAUGAAAUGUUUAGAAAACAUUGAAAUGAACAAGAGAUUCAUGCAGUUAAAAGCAUAAUUUUUAUUCAUGAGCAUUUAAAUUAACGUCUUCUGCUAUUCUACGUAUGCAAGUAGCAUGUAGAAUUUGUAUCGGAAAUUUAAACCUUGCUAUUUCAAACGAAACCAUCUAAUUUUUUAACAAAUGUAAUUAAUGUGAUAAUUCUUGCAUUUCAAAUAAUUAUCAUAAUAUGCAGAAAGCAUCUGUAAAUAGAUACCAUAAGACCACAUUGCUGAUAUGUUUCCCAUCGUACCGCCCAGAUAUAUGACCUUUAAGGAAGAUGACCUUUACAGAAAUCUUGUAUGCCUGCAGUGUCGAAUCGCUCUGUUGCCCAUGAGGAUCUAAUGUUGCUAUCAAAUUGGCAGUCUGGUUCCGAAGAGAACGGGAAUUAUGCAUUAAAACCCGAUAUAUUGCCCAGCCAAGGUGGCUUUAUACACUCACAAUAAAGGUUAAAAUGCCAACAUUAUUGCCAAACAUAAUUGUUGGUCUGCAGGCCACAAAUUAUGUGAUGGAUAUAUGCAGAUAUUAAAUACAUCUGUUCAUAUGUUGGGAUAUAUGAAGCAGUGUUGAACAUGUGGGUGUGUCUUUCACUGGUAAGAGGUGGUAAUGCAGCAUUUGGGUGUUGUUUUAACUUGUGCAGAUGACACUGAUCAGAGGAGUGGGAUGGGGUGUUUCACAAACCUUAUUGUAAAUUUACGAAUAUGACUUUAUGAAUGCAUGGAAUAUAUUAUGGCAAUAAAUUUAGUAUCUUUAUUGCAUAUAAAUCACAAACGUUAUUGUAAAUUUACGAAUAUGACUUUAUGAAUGCAUGGAAUAUGGCAACUCCACAAAAUUUAGUAUCUUUAUUGCAAUGGCAAUUUCAAUAGGCAAAAUAUUUUUGAUUGGUUCUUUUUUAGCACAUGGUAGGUUAACUGGUGCAAAGUCGAUAUGCCAAAGUUUAAAAAGAUAAAAUCUUUUAUUACAAGAAGAAUUUGUUGGAAUUUUGGAAAAACUCCAUUGUGCAUUCAUGAAGUCAUACGUAACUCUUAUGAACGGCUUCAUGAAACACUAAAUAUGUAAGUGUGUAUUGAGGUUUUCAUUCAAAUAUCUGUAAAAGAAGCACUUUAAUUUUUUUUGAAAUAUAGAUUUGAUUAAAACUUGCCUACAUGCAGUGUCAGCACACAAUGAAUAAGUAUGUCUUCCAUUUCCUGGGAGAAGUACUCCAGCCUGUCUGGUAUCAUUUGCCAUUUUCAGUCACUCUUUAAUUGCCAAUGUCAUAUUCAUUUUACGAGUACCUACAUUUAAGAAAUGUUCAUGUUCGUAUACUAUCGAAUGAGAGAUUCUGCAACGCCAUAAAACCUGUUUUGUCAUCAUUGUUUCUUCUGAUAUCUGUAGAUCCAGCCUGAUGUUGAUGAUCUAGAUAACGGAGGGGACGAGGAAGGCGAUACCGACUCCGUUAAGUCUGAGAUCAAGCUAGGAAAGCUACAGUUUUCGCUGGAUUACGACUUCCAAGAAGGAAAGCUAAAUGUUGGAGUCAUGCAAGCGUCCGAGCUCCCUGGGAUGGACUUCUCGGGGACAUCGGAUCCCUACGUCAAGGUUUACCUCUUGCCGGAUAAGAAAAAGAAGUAUGAAACCAAAGUCCACAGAAAGACCCUCAAUCCUGUCUUCAAUGAGACCUUCACAUUCAAGGUGCCAUAUAGUGAAGUUUCGAGUAAGACGCUUGUGUUUGCCAUCUACGAUUUUGACCGGUUCUCUCGUCAUGACAUCAUCGGGGAGGUCAAGGUCAAACUGAGUCAGGUUGACCUGGGAAGUGUUGUUGAAGAAUGGCGUGAUCUACAGAGCGCUGAGGUUCCAGGAGGAGAGGGCAAGUCAGAGCUAGGAGACAUCUGCUUCUCCCUACGUUACGUCCCGACGGCAGGAAAACUGACGGUGGUUAUCCUGGAAGCGAAGAACCUCAAGAAAAUGGACGUUGGUGGACUAUCAGAUCCAUAUGUCAAGAUCUCCCUCUACAUGAACAAUAAGAGGAUGAAGAAAAAGAAGACCACCAUUAAGAAGAGGACGUUGAAUCCUUACUACAACGAAUCUUUUGGCUUUGAGGUGCCAUUUGAACAGAUUCAGAAAGUGACGCUGGUGGUGACUGUAGUGGACUAUGAUCGCAUGGGCAGCAGCGAACCUAUCGGUAAAGUGGUACUUGGAUGCAAUGCCACAGGGGCGGGACUCCGUCACUGGAGCGACAUGCUGGCGUCGCCACGGCGACCAAUCGCCCAAUGGCAUACACUCCAAGAACCUGAGGAAAAUAAGUAGACAACCGCAAAAUUAUUAUAUAUCACAAAAGCUAAUAUAAUAUGUUAAUAGAAUGAUUAUAUUCAAGUGAUUUUACAUAUUUAUCACAUCCCAUAUGAUUGGAUUUAUAUUUUAUGACAAAAAAAUCAAAUUCUGGAGACGCAGAAAACCACUACCGAUGGAUCCCUUACUCAUGACAAAUAUUCAUAUACACAUACCUGUGUGGAUUGGAUAUCGGGUAUUGAAUGUCAUGAAAGUACAGCAUUUUGGUUCGUGUAGUGUAUUUAAAUCAGGUGGAUUCCCUAAACCACGAUUCCACUGCUGCUCGGUCCGCUCUUGGUUGUGGUUUUCUGUGUGAACAGGGUACCAGAUCCGGAUCUGUCCCACAUCUUUGGUGCAGGUUAAUCCGAACUGGUCCCGCAAGGAAAUGAAAUGAUUUUCCAAUGAAAUUUUAAAAAAAAUUAUAGACACGAGAGCCUGUAAGGAAAGCUUAGCUGCCUACGCUGUUGUAUUACUCAAGUCAUUUACAAAAUCAGCGAGAUUUUAAAGCAAUUUUUAUCAUAUGUUUUAUCUGUUUUUGAUGUUUCUUUGAACGGGCCCACCCUAUUUCAAUCCAUUUGACAGGGUGGUGCUCGUUUUUAGCAUGCUGUUGAUUUAGAAAAUCUUAAGGCUGGUUUAGCUUUGUAUUCAGUCAGUGCCGUUCACAUAUGGCAAACUAGAUUUCUUUCUGUUGACACUCUGGUCUUGCUGUACUCCACCUCUGUUGAUGUCAGCUCUUUGAAACCGAAGCCACCUAUACAUGUAUCGUAGAAGUGCAAGAAUGGAAGUUUGUGAAAAGAGGAAUGUCGCGAUACCACCGCCAUAAUUUCUUAAAAGCAAAACCAGCCUAAAGAUUUAGUUCCUUUUUACCCGUACCUCAGUUUCAGUUUUAUGUUUUUAUGUAUUUAUUUUCGCUUGAUAUAUAUAUUUAUAUUCAUCAUGCUGAAGCGCAGUGUUGCUCGCGAGAAUGCUCGCUGCUUUGGUAUGGUCAGUAUUCAUUACUGAAAUGGUGUGAAAAUCGAUGAUCGCAGAAUCUGAGUCCAGCCAGAUCCUGCGAUCUCUUUCAUACCGAUGACCCCCUCCCUACCCCACCCUUCUCCCCCUCCUUUAAUUGUUAAAGGCGACUAGCGCCCUCUCCCAUCCAGCACCUUGCCCGCUAUAGCACCCCGAUCCUUAUGUUUUGUUGGCUCGUUUUUAAGUUCAGUGGGGAACGGAUAAACUUUUCAGUGUGUCUGCUGAACCGUGGAUACCUGUGAACGUGAUUUAGUCGUCUGUCGAGUAGGAACGGGACAAGAAAGCAACCGGGUCUCGGAGGGAAGCGUCUCUUAAAACCAUCGCAAAAACCUGUUGAUCCGUGUUUCGGGCAUCAGGAUUUAGAAAAGGAAAGAAAAACUGGUGCCAGUUAACGAAUGAUGUCGAUGGCUAUGUGGGAAUUUUAUUUCAACGAGAUCAGGUUGUUUGUAAACGUUCGAGUCGUCCUAUCUUCCUCCCCCACCCUUCCUUCAUUUUCUUGCUAAAAUAUUUUCAAAAGGGCUUCUGCUACAACAAGCAGGCGUUGAUGGCGUGGUGAUAAUGUUUACAGAGAAAAACUAAUGCGAUCUCCAAUUUCAAUCUAUCUAUCAUCUGUAAUAGUUACUCAAUUCCUGUUGUGAUCAUUUCAACUAUUUGUGAAAAAUUUUGUUUUGCUUCUAUGCUCCAUAAUAUAUGGUGAAUUAUUGGUGAUGAAUUGGCAGUGGAUCAGUAUUUUGGUUAAAGUAUUGCAAGAAAAUGUAAUAAACAUAGACAAAACAGUGUUGAAAAAUGCAAAGCUUUUUGUUGUCAUCGAAAAUAAUCCAUGGCUGUACAGUUGGUGAAAUAUCAUAGUUUAAGUCACAUGAUUGAAAUUGGGAUUGAAUCAAUUUUAUCUGUAAGCGUUGAGAUCAUUGUUGUAGUAGGACCCUGAUUUGCGAUUGAUUAUUCAACGAGGUACGAAUGAUUAUUUUGGCGUUGUUCUUACAACAUUGACUUUUGUAUCAUUUGCAAAUUGAAUGAUUGACAUCUAAGUUCUGCAAGCUCUCAACUCAUCUCCAGUACCCCCCUCCCGUCCCCUACCCCUGGAGUGAGAGUUGAGGGUGGGGUUGCUUUAACAAAGUUUAGCUUAGGUCAAGGGAAAAAUCAAAGAGGCUCUUGAGAUAUUUGUCUUUGGCUUAUGCUGUAUACACUUUUAAAGUAAUUCAUAAAAUGAAUAAACUUUUCAAAUAUUGGAUCUAAAAUGGUUGAAAGCAGUUUAAAAGAUAGCCCAACCCCUUCAUACAAAAAGAGAUUGAUUUUUAAGAGGCUUCACCUUUUAAGCUUGCCAUAUAUUUAUAUAUAUCAUAGAUCUCGAAUGUGCUAAUUUUCGAAUUGGAUAUUCCUCUUCAACAUAAUAUCAUUGAUUCAUUGGUUUUGCCCCAGUCCUAUUUUCUAAAAAGCUGGCAUUAAUAAUCUUAUAUCUAUUCGCUAGAAUUAAGUAAUAUUUUACUUUCUAUUAUGAUUAAAGUUUAUGAAUGAAAUUCAUAUGAUAUGGUAUUGUCAAAAAGAGAGAAAUGUGCAUAUUUUGCCCUGCCAAACUAUAUUUAUUGUUAGGGAAACGGUAAAAACAUGUAAUUUACCACUUCUGUAUCUGUUGUAAAUAUAUCUUCGCCAUGAAAUCUCUCAUCGAUAUUUAUUAUCUAUUUUUAAUGAGUAAAUAAAUGUAAUCUUGUAACCUACGGACAUAUUACUUUAUCCACUUUAUGGGUACUUACGAUCCAGUUUUAUUUGUUUAUGUCUAUUUCAUUCAUUAGCAUUUAGCAAUGCAAUUUGGUGAUUCUAGAUUUCAUAUGAAAACUAGUUAUAUAUACAAUGUGUGUACAAUUCCAGUGGCCAUGCUACUUUAAUAGCCCUAUUUUGCAUUUCACAUUUCUUAAAUGCUUAGAGGGGAAGAUUUAGACUGCAAUAAAUGAGGAGUUGUGUAAAUGUGUCAAUCUCAAAGGAUAUGUGCCGUUUUGAAGCAACCUCUCUGGCCAAAAGAAAAAAAAAGAAGAAAAUUGUACUUCGUGUAAAGGCAUGGAUUGAGAUAAGCAUAUGAUAUUAAAUUCAAGUAUUUGAUAGAUCUGGGGGGUGUUUCACAAAGAUUUAAGCAUGACUCAGAGUCACACUUAAAUGCCUAGUUGGGUGCAUUAUAAAAGACAUGACCGCAUUGGUCAGAUCAUGCUAAGAGGACGCACACUACUGCGUAUUGAUCAAUAAGAUUGCGCGUUACGUAUCAUGUACCCUUCGGCAUUUAAGUGCGACUCUUAGUCAUACUUAAAUCUUUGUUGAACACCUUCCUGAUAUUUGUAUUAUCUUCAAUGACUUUUUUUUCAAAUUAUACAUUUCUCUUCAUCUUGGUAUUUAUAUUAACAUUUCCUCCAAGUUACCAUUCUCUUUCAUUGAAUACUUGUGCAUUAUUAAAACGUGUUCAGUUUAGUACUUAAAGGGGAAUCCAAUCCAAAUAAAAACUUGUUUUUAUAAGAAAAAGAUAAAUCAGACAAGUUGAUAUGUGAAAGUUUGAACAAUAUUGGACAAACAGCAAGAAAGUUAUACAUUUUUAAAAGUUGUAAAUAUUGGUAAUCACUAUACUCAUGGAGACUUCAAAUUGGCCGCAUAUGGGAUGUCAUAGUGAUGUAAGGCAAGGACUACUCUUCCGUGUACUCCACUACAUAUUAUGGCUAAAAUUUCAUUUUUCCGAAAAGUUUUAUUUCAAAUUACAUUUUUCUUUCAUGAGGACAUUAAACAAUAUACUACCUGGGUUAUAUUUAGAUUACUGCCCCAGGGGAAUGGGUACUUAGGAGAAAACCACAAAACCCUGAUAAUAAAGUACAUGGCCUAUGGAAAAGUUGUCCUUGCCCCUUGUCAUAAUUUACUCACCCAGUUGCCAAUUUGAAAUCUACAUACUAUUAGUGAUCCCAAUUUUAAAGCAGCUAUAACUUUCUUAUAGCUUGUCCGAUUUCUUUCAAAUUUUCACCAUUCUGUUUAAUUUAUUUUUCUCCUUCCCAACACAACAUUUUAUGGCCAAGGCUGGAUUCCCCUUUAAUACUGGAAUACUCCAUCAGCCAUUUGUUAUGAAAGUAUCAAUUUUUCUCUUAUUUAAAAACUCAACAAUGUACUUACUAUGUUGACAUCCUAAUCGUCUAUUUCAAGGUUUUCAGGGUAGCGGUAAACUUUCUAUUUAUUUACUAAUUAAAAUAUGGUAUUCAGUUUAUCUUUUCAAGGUUGUAUUCUAUAGGAAAGUGAAUUAUUCAGGAUGGAACAUUUAUUGAAUGUAUUCAGGGGUAACAUAUUCAUGAGAUAUAAAAUAAGAUGUGUACAGUUGUCAUUUCUGACAACAUUUUAGGUAUGUAUUUACCAACAUAAAGUGGCUAGACAGAUAUUCCCGAGUCUAGACACAACGCUUACAAUAUUUACAAUUUUUCCCAGCUGUAUAAACAAACUCUGGUUCCCUAUCUUGGGUUUAGAGAGAAUUACUUCUGUAGUAUUAUUUUU